UCACGCACCCAACCCAGCAGACUCAAAGGACGCUAGCCACGCUGGCUACUCUCACCCUGCUGCUGGCUGCUGCUAUAUAGUAGUAGUAACAUAGACACACGACACAACCGUCCACAACUCUUGUCGUCUUCAUUCGCCCAAUACACAGUCAAAGCCACAGUCACAAGCGCAGCCCCCCAUGGCGACUCCGUCACCUCCCUCUCCCACCGUCGCCUUCCUUCUCCUCCUCACCACCCUUUCCGCCUUCCCCACUUCUGUGCGCCCCUCCCCGCCGGGCCUCACCCUCACCGUCGUCAACAACUGUCGUUUCCCCAUAUGGCCAGCCAUCCAGCCCAACGCCGGCCACCCCGUCCUCGAGCGCGGCGGCUUCCGCCUCGCCAACCUCUCCCACCGCUCCUUCCCGGCCCCCUCUGCCCACUGGUCUGGCCGCAUCUGGGCCCGCACCGCCUGCUCCCACGCCGCCGGGGGCCGCUUCUCCUGCGCCACCGGCGACUGCGGCGGACGCCUCGAGUGCAACGGGCUGGGCGGCGCCGCACCCGCCACUCUGGCCCAGUUCUCCCUCCACCACGGCCACGCCGACUUCUCGUCGUAUGGCGUCAGCCUGGUGGACGGUUUCAACCUCCCGAUGACGGUGACUCCCCACGAGGGGAAGGGGGUGUGCCCCGUGGUGGGGUGCCGGAAGGAUCUGCUGGCGACGUGCCCGCAGGCGCUGCAGGUGCGGGGCCCGCCGCACGGGGGAGUGGUGGGGUGCAAGAGCGGGUGCGCGGCCUUGGGGACGGACCAGCUCUGCUGCCGGAACCACUACAACAGCCCCCAGACCUGCAAGCCGUCCAGCUACUCGGACUACUUCAAGCAGGCGUGCCCCGCCACCUUCACGUACGCCCACGACAGCCCCUCGCUCAUGCACGAGUGCUCUUCCCCGCGCGAGCUCAAAGUCAUUUUCUGUCACUAGCUAAGCUAGCUAGUCGUCGUAAUUGAUGAAGUUGGCGUUUUGGCAAUGCCCCCGUCCGUGAUAUCAUAGACAUAGAUCGCUCUUGCUCCUGCUUGCCAUCAUUAACUAUCUAUUUAUCUAUCUAUCUAGGUCUGUUUGAAAUGGAUGCUGAUAAUGGUGCUGAUGUUGUCUAUGAUGAUGCAUUUAAUCUAAGUUAAACGUUAACCCCUCUCUA